CGUAUUAAAUUUAAUCAACAUAGUGUCAGAGAUAGCGCUUUUGCCCUGAUUAAAUAAUAGCGGAACCUUUGAACGGACCUGUUUGCCUGGGAAGAAAUUGAUCCAAACACUACCUCACACAGGCUGAUGCAAGUUGAAUGAGUGAGCCGUCAACUGUAUGUGAAGAAUACUGUACGCUUAGCCAGUGGGAAGAAGAUGACAGACUGUCAGGGAGACGGGGAAGGAGCCAAGAGUCCAAUGGAGCUCUAUGAGAAACUGACAGCACAGGGAGACCAAGUCAGGGCCCUGAAAACAGCUAAAGCUGAGAAAGCUGAAAUUGAUGCUGCGGUCAAGUUGCUGCUUAAGUUGAAGGUGGACUACAAACAGGUGACAGGUCAGGAUUACAAAGCCGGCUGUCCGCCCUCAGAAAACUCUGUUGUCCCUGACAACGGGCCAGCAGCAGAUGGCGCUGAUGACAAAGACACAGUUGACCCAUGGAACGUUUCCACCACCAGCGCUAAGGGAGUGGAUUACGACAAACUCAUAGUAAGGUUUGGCAGCAAUAAAAUUGACCAGGAACUGGUGGACAGAAUAGAAAAAGUUGCGAGACAGAAACCUCACCACUUUCUACGAAGAGGAAUCUUCUUCUCACACAGAGAUAUGCAUCAGGUACUGGAUGCAUAUGAGAAGCACAAGUCCUUCUACCUUUACACUGGCAGAGGUCCGUCCUCAGAGGCCAUGCAUGUGGGUCACCUCAUCCCCUUCAUCUUCACCAAAUGGUUGCAGGAUGUAUUUGACAUCCCAUUGGUGAUUCAGCUGACUGAUGAUGAGAAGUACCUGUGGAAGGAUCUAACACUAGAAGAGUGCCACCGUUUCGCUGUGGAAAAUGCCAAGGACAUCAUUGCCUGUGGCUUUGAUGUCAACAAGACCUUCAUCUUCUCUGACCUCGACUAUAUGGGUGCGUCCCCUGAAUUCUACAGGAAUGUGGUAAAGAUUCAGAAGCAUGUGACAUUCAACCAGGUCAAAGGUAUCUUUGGCUUUACAGACAGUGACUGCAUUGGAAAGAUCAGCUUCCCAGCCAUCCAGGCAGCCCCGUCCUUCAGCAACUCUUUCCCACAGAUCUUUGGAAGCAGAAAGGAUAUACAGUGUCUCAUCCCCUGCGCCAUAGACCAGGACCCCUACUUCAGGAUGACCCGUGAUGUCGCUCCAAGGAUCGGUUAUCCCAAACCCGCUCUGCUGCACUCCACCUUCUUUCCAGCCCUGCAGGGGGCGCAGACCAAGAUGAGCGCCAGUGACGCCAACUCUUCUAUUUUCCUCACUGACACACCCAAGCAGAUCAAAAACAAGAUCAACAAACAUGCAUUUUCUGGGGGAAAAGAUACAGUGGAGGAGCACAGGAAGCAUGGUGGAAACCCAGACGUAGAUGUCUCGUUCAUGUAUUUGACCUUCUUCCUGGAGGAUGAUGAACAGCUCGAGAAGAUCAGACAGGACUACGCAAGUGGAGCUCUCCUAACUGGAGAACUGAAGAAGAUUUUGAUCGAGACUCUGCAGCCCAUUAUUUCCCAGCAUCAAGAGCGGCGCAAACAAGUCACAGAUGAGACAGUCAAGCAGUUUAUGACACCCAGGCCGUUAAACUUUAGCUUAUAGCCGGCUUGAGCCCCUGAGAUGUCAAGGUUAAUCAUGUCAUUACUCCCAGUACAAGAGAAAAUGCUUAAUCCAACUUUUUCCAUUGAAAAAUAUUGUAAUUUUUAAUGGGAAGAGGGACAUUUUCUCAUACAGUAGAAUAUUCUAAAUGUAAAUUACUGGAGCGAUGAUUUGCUUCUCUGUGUGUGUCAAACUAAGCAUGGCAUUGCCCACACCUUCAUGCUAAUUGUCAUGCAACUUGUUAGCUUCACGCUGCACCAAAUGUACACAUUUGUCUUCAUGAAGUGUUGCGCUGAUUUAACAUGAGCCCUACUCCUCACUUUGAAAUCAGUCCAGGAUAAAUGACGAUUAAAGCUUAAAUGUGUA